CACAUUCGUGAAGACAGGUUAGGCUUUUACCCUACUUGCGUCCUCCACUCUGAAUACCAGGGUUAGGGUUUUACAUUCCAACCAUCGUCAUUCCGCAAUACGCAGCAGCGGAGAGAGCUUUCGUAUCACUCGGUGAUUUCCGAUCUAGGGUGCAAGGAAUGUAUAACCCUAACCCUGAGAUGAUAGAGUUUUCGAAGGUAGCUUCAACCGUCAUGGCUGAUGAGGAACCAAAGCCUCUAAAUUAUGUGUCCGAGAUUGUAUUGAAGAAAAGAAAAAGCAAUGAGGACUGGGCGAAUAGAAGGAAGGAGCAGUUGGAGCAAAGGGUGAAGAAAUCUAAGCGUGAUAAUUUCGUUAUCAAGAAGCCAGAACAGUUUAUCAGAGAAUUCCGUGAUAAAGAGUCUGAUCUCAUCAAAAUGAAACACAGGGGAAAACGACCAAUAAAAGCAUCCAUGUUCCCGCAAUCAAAGCUUCUUUUUGUCAUCCGCAUACAGGGUAAAAGCGACAUGCAUCCACAGACAAGGAAACUCUUAUACUCUCUGAGACUUAGAAGAAUAUUCAGUGGUGUUUUUGUCAAAGCAAAUAACAGAAUAUUGGAAAUUCUACAGAAAGUGGAGCCGUAUGUGACUUACGGAUAUCCAAACCUCAAGAGCAUGAAUGAGCUGAUAUACAAGAAGGGGUUGGCAAAAGUUAACAAACAGAUAUUUCCUUUGACGGAUAAUAACAUCAUCGAACAGGCACUGAGUGAGCAUGGAAUUAUAUGCAUAGAAGACAUCGUAAAAGAGAUUGCAAAUGUGGGCCCACAUUUCAAGGAGGUUUGCAAUUUUUUGUGUCCGUUCAGUCUGAACGAGCCGCAGAAGGCGUUGCAAGGUAAGAAACGGCCGUUUAGGGAUGGCGGUGAUUCCGGAAACCGUGAGGAUCAAAUCAACGAGUUGAUCGGUAAAAUGAAUUAGAACUCGAAAUCUGUUUAGGUGUGAAUGUGAACCAAAAGGUCUCUCUUUGAAUUUUGAACUCAAGGGUAAAAUCAGCUUCUCUUAUUCUUUGCU